GCGCAGCCAAUAGGGAGCGAGGGCGGGCUCGGCCCCGGCCCGGUCCCGGUUUGGCUGCCCCGGGCCCAUGGAGCCGGCCGAGGUGGAGUUCCUGGCCGAGAAGGAGCUGGUGACGAUCGUGCCCAACUUCAGCCUUGACCGGAUUCACCUCAUUGGGGGAGAUCUGGGUCCCUUCAAUCCUGGUUUGCCAGUGGAAGUGCCUGUGUGGUUGGCCAUUAAUCUGAAGCAGAGGCAGAAGUGUCGGCUCAUUCCCCCAGAAUGGAUGGAUGUUGGGAAACUGGAGGAAAUCCGGGAUCAGGAGCGGAAAGAGGACACCUUCACUCCAAUGCCCAGUCCCUACUACAUGGAGCUCACCAAGCUGCUGCUGAACUAUGCCUCUGACAACAUCCCCAGGGCGGACGAGAUCCGGACGCUGGUGAAGGACACGUGGGACACGCGCAUGGCCAAGCUGCGCCUGUCCGCCGACAGCUUCGUGCGGCAGCAGGAGGCUCACGCCAAGCUGGAUAACUUAACCCUGAUGGAGAUCAACACCACUGGGACUUUCCUUACCCAGGCCUUGGAUCACAUGUACAAGCUCCGGACUAACCUCCAGCCUGGCGAGGGCUCCCACUCCCAGGAGUUCUGACAGGGAGCUGGGAAGGAGCUGCUUCAUCUGAGCCACCCCCACCUCCCUGCAGGGACCUGCCAGCCCUCAAAUGUCCCCUCAGGGCCAGGUGGGAAUUGCUCUAGAGCUGCUGGGGCAUCUCCAGAGCCUAGGUGCAGGGGCUUUCCCUCCCUCCCCCAGGGGUUUUUAUUCUCCCUCUUGGGGUUGUCCCCACCCCUUUUGGGGCACUUUUUCCCUCCCACCAUUUUUGUCACCCCCCCAAACCGACACCCAGAUUCCCCAAAACACAACUUUAUUCACAGCCCAGCCCUGUCCAUGUCCCCUCCCCACCCUACAGGGGGGUCCCAGUGUCACCUCCCGCCCCCGGGAGUCCCACUCUCCUGUCCCUCUCUCCUUCCCCUAUUUACAGCUCUGGGAUGUGGCACCGUGAGUGACACAGGACAUGGGGCGAGCUUGGGGACAUCAGCUCUGUGUCACUCUGUCCUGUCUGUGUGUCUUCCCCCUUGGAGUCACUCUGUCCUGUCCUUGUCCCGGUCCAGGUUCCCCCCACUCUCCCAGCACGAAGAGCAGGGCGAUGCCACUGUCCCCAUGUCCCCUCGGGGCACAAAGAGCAGGGCGAUGCCACUGUCCCCAUGUCCCCUCGGGGCUCCUCCUCGCCCCCUCGGGGUUGGAUGUGCCGGCUCGGUGAGCUCGGAGCUCCCGGAGCAGCUCUGGCCCCAGCGGCUGCAGCUGAGCGGCUUCUCCCCGGUGACUCUGGGCGGAUCUCUCGGGUUGUACUUCAGCGAGGGAACUUCUGAGGGCAGCACAGGCCACACACUGCCUUGAAAGCCAUAAAUUUCGAGGCGGUGCUUCCAUGGAUUUUCUCAGAGCCUUGGGGAAAAAAAAAAAAAAUAGAAAAAAGAGAAAGAAGAGAAGAUGUGCCGGCAAUGAGGUGUCUGCUGGGGAGAUCAGCUGGGAAGCAGAUCCAUCUGCUCUUUGGAGAAGGACAAAAGAAAAUGGUUUUCCCUCUCAGAUGCCAGGCUGUGGGGAAAUACCAGAAUAUCAACCAUCUUUAUUUUUGUAAUAUUUGGCGUUUUAAUCUGAAGCUGUCUGUAAUAAAAUUAAAAAAAAAAAAAAAGAUAAUAAAAAAAUAAUUGCAGCUGAAGAA